CUCCGUCAUACAUGAUCAUCUGGACUCUGCACUGCGUCGAGCUCGAAGCUCUAGCCUCUAGGCGCCUCUCACUCCUCAGCUCCACGCUGCCGUCAUGGGGCCACCUUCUCAGCCCGGAUCAGAAGCUCGCUCUGUGAGCGAUCCCGCUUUCAUGAAUGUGGAUGUUGCGAUUGCGGGCGCGGGCUUGGGAGGGCUGGCGCUUGCGCUGGGUCUGAAGGAACGUGGCAUCACAGCGCAUGUGUUUGAGGCGGCGCCGGCCCCGAGGACUGACGGGGGCACCGUGAUUGGGUUUUUUCCAAAUGGCCAAACCGCGCUCAAUGGCGUCAGUCCCGGGCUAACUGACCGCAUCAAGGCGCGCGGCAACAGAUGUCCGUCUUUGACGUCUAUUCGGCUGUGCGACGGGGUCCUCGAAGAGGAGCUGAAGCGCGAUAACCAAAGUGGGAUAGCGAUGGUUCCGUGGAAAGACUUCCAGGAGAUUCUGGCGAGCAGCAUACCGCCCGAGCAGAUCCAUUGCAACCAUCGGCUGCAGAAGUUCACGCCGGUUGAGGGCGGAGUAGAAGCCGUCUUCGACAUCAUAGGCGAUUCGGACGCCCGAGAAAACUACUCUGCGUCCAGCAACGCGUACGGUGGGGCUGCUAUUGGGCAGCUCACAGUGCGGACGAAGCUGCUGGUUGGGGCGGACGGGAUACGGUCCAACGUCCGGAAAGCCAUGGGCGGCAAGCCCCCCCAGUAUCUCGGCGACCUGCACUGGAACCUGCUGGUGCACGACCCCGACGAGACGAUGGUGCCGAUCAAGGACGAGUCGCACAUGCGCUUCGCGGACGAGAAGGCGGGCAUCGUAGGCUUCCUUUCAGAUGCCGGUCACAAAUGGCGAUUCUUGAGCGUCAGGAAAGCAGACCCCGACGGGAAGAUCGUCGCGGGCUACGGGCCGGAGUUUGGGGGCUUGGGCAAGCCGGGUGUGAAGGAGAGAGCGAUUGGAGCGCUGCCUGGCAGUGACAACUGGUAUGAUGUUGUGCGGGAGACGCUGCGAAACGUGGCUGAGAGCGACAUCUUCGAGCGGAGAAUAAUGGACAACGUGGCGCUGGACACGUGGGUCGCUGCGGAUGGGCACGUGGUCCUCAUAGGCGAUGCUGCCCAUGCUAUGCACCCAAUCGUCGGCCAGGGCGCCAUGCAGACCUUUGAAGACGCGCAUCAGUUGGCAGAGCUGCUGAAAAAGGAGGCGGGGCCCGACUUUUCGACAGACGGCGUUGCCACGGCGGUGCACAGGUUCGAGAAGGUGAAGAAGCGACGGGCGGAGCUGGUCCAGGCGUUCUCCCGCGAGGCCUCGAGCCUUCCGAAGGAGGUGACGGUUCCGGCGGAAUACCAGGACCUGAGCGGACCGGAAAAGCUGCAGCGGUUCUCGCAGCUCAACACAUGGAUGCAACGAUACCCGGAUGUUUUGGGAGGGGAUCCGGACUCCGUCUACUGGAAACCACUAGAAAGUUGACCACCUUGUUUCAUAGACCUGGAUUUACGGCUUUGCGCGAUCCGAGUUGGAUGUGCGACUUCAAACUGGUGGAUGUAAAGAGACUCUCUUGCUACGUGGCGGCUCAUUCAUCUGCCUUUUAGAUAUGGCAGACUGUAUUAAACUAGAGCGAUGUCUGCCGUUGAUACGACAAACGAUACAGGGAACAGCUAAAGGCCGCCUUCUUGCGGUGCGUUGAUAGGAAGGGAAUGGGACCGGCUUUCACAACGAGCAGAUAUGACGGCUAGCCUUAGAGUGCAGUUGUUGAAUCGUACUUUCAGUGUUAAGCCUGUAACGAAUUGUUCGUAAAAGCUUUUGAUUUAGGUCCUUAUCUGGGACACUGUAUCAUAGCACGACGAUAACGAUAGCUCGAGAGCGGAGAGAACGUGCAGUAUUGGACUUGAGCUAGUUGUACCGGAGUCCCGCUUUUUUGCAAUUAGGGCCUUUCGGCCUUGUCCAACGGAGGACGACUAGCUACAGCUGCCCCUUCCAAAGCUUCGUUUGAAAGUCUGCAGCA